GAUUUUUUUCACGGACUUAAAAAAUUUCAAAUGCUUUGGAUAUGGACAGUGAUAUAGCAAGAGUUAUUUCGUCUAUCCCUCCUGUUACAUUAUUUCUUUUGUCCAGUACGCUAUUUAUCUCUAUUGCACCGCUUUUAGGGAUUGCUAGAGCGUCUCAAUUGGUUAAUAUAUGGUCAUAUACAUUUAAAGGACAAUUAUGGAGAUUAUUUACUGGUUUUUUUUAUGUUGGAGGAGGCUUAAAUCUGGUUAUUUCACUUUUUUCUCUUUAUCGGUUUAGCUAUGGAAUUGAAACGGCAUACUUUAUAGGCAACGUACAGGAGUAUUCCUUUUUUUUAGUAUUUAAUGCUGUUAUAAUUCUGUUUUUAAGCUAUUUUAUUUCUUCUAUUGCAUAUUUUACUGCACUAAAUUUAUCUAUUUGUUAUUUUUGGAGUCAAAGGAAUCUGGAUACAAUCACUAGUUUAUGGUUUUUUCGAGUAAAAGGACGAUAUUUGCCUUUUUCUAUGCUUUUAUUAUCUUUUUUUAUGGGUGGACCUUUUUCUGUUAUGCAGGAUGCUUGUGGUUUAUUAAGUGCACAUCUUUAUGAAUUUCUAACCAAUAUAUUACCAUCUAGUGGAGGUCCUCGUAUGACAGUACCCAGAUGGUUUAUAAAUCUUUUUCCAUCAGAAACCUCACGUACUAUAAGAAGACCUUUUGGUGUAUUAUUUAAUAAUCAACGAAAUGUUCAAAAUGCUCCACCUAUAAAAUCUGCUUUUAAAGGAAAAGGACACAAGUUGUGCUAAUUUAAAAAAUAAUUAAUAUAUUUUUAUAUUACAUUACAUAUAUU